AUGGAUCAAUCUUCUCCCAUGUUACCAGCAACCGUCUUGGAUCAAACCGCCUCGCGGCUCGGCUGCAGUCCCACAGACAGGAAACUUGCUAUUCACUUAGAUGAAGAAGAUGAGUUAAAGCAUCUCCGCGACUGUUUCUGCAUCCCAAAAGUCAAGGAUCUGCCUCCAACUAAUCUGGGCCUGGUGAACGGAGAGGAGACCUGCCUGUACUUUGCUGGGAAUUCUCUUGGACUACAGCCAAGGAAAGUUAAAACUUACCUGGGUGAAGAACUGGACAAGUGGGCUCGAACAGGUGUUCAUGGCCAUUUCAACGGUCAGCGCCCCUGGGCUUUGGCAGACGAGUGUGUCGUGGACCUGAUGGCUGAGCUGGUUGGAGCCCAGAGACAUGAAGUAGCCUUAAUGAAUGGACUAACUGUUAACUUGCACCUCCAGAUGCUAGCUUUCUUUAAGCCUACUCCAAGACGUUAUAAAAUUCUUCUAGAAGCCAAAGCCUUUCCUUCUGACCAUUAUGCUGUUGAGUCCCAACUUCGACUUCAUGGGCUUGAUGUGGAGAAAUGCAUGAUCCUGAUGCGGCCACGGGAGGGGGAGGAGACCUUGAGGACUGAAGAUAUCCUUGCUGUUAUUGAGAAGGAAGGGGACUCUAUUGCUGUCAUUCUGUUCAGUGGGGUGCAGUACUACACGGGACAGCUGUUUGACAUCCCUCGAAUAACAAAGGCUGGCCAAAGAAAGGGUUGCUUUGUUGGAUUUGACCUGGCUCAUGCUGUUGGGAAUGUAGAGCUUCAUUUGCAUGACUGGGGAGUAGAUUUUGCAUGCUGGUGCUCCUACAAGUAUUUAAAUUCUGGAGCAGGAGGCCUGGCUGGUGCCUACAUUCAUGAGAAGCAUUCCCAGAGUAUUAAACCAGUGCUAAUUGGCUGGUGGGGUCAUGACUUCAAAUCACGAUUCCUCAUGGAAAACAAAUUGCAACUAAGUGAAGGAAUUAAUGGAUUUCGGUUAUCGAAUCCUCCAAUUUUACUGGUUUGUGCUCUGCAGGCUAGUUUAGAGGUUUUUGGUCAAACUACCAUGAAAGCACUGAGAAGGAAAUCCAUUCUACUCACUGGUUACUUGGAAUACUUGAUAAAACAUUACUACAGUGAGGAUAAAACAAAUCCAGAGAAGCCCUUUGUAAAAAUAAUCACACCAUCUCAGAUUGAGGAAAGAGGAUGCCAGCUCACACUGUCUUUUUCCCUUCCAAUCAAGUCUGUGUUUAAAGAGCUGGAGAAGAGAGGAGUAGCUUGUGACAUGCGAGAACCAAACGCUCUUCGCAUUGCCCCAGUUCCUCUCUACAAUUCUUUCCGUGAUGUGCACAGAUUUAUUGAAAUCCUGGGAUCUGCAAUUACAUCUUCAAAACAAACAGCAAACAAUACUGCACUAUCUGGUUCUUAUUGAUGGCUCAGCUGUAUCUUUUAAUCUAUUUCUGACUAAGAUGCAUUUAUCCCGCUGAGCGAUUCUUUACUUUGACUAGGCUGAGCUAUAGCCCAUGCAAUUUGCAAAAAAAUGACUGUGCUUGAAUAGUUAUUUACAACAGACAUAGUUUUAUUAAAGCUCAUAUUUCC